GUGGCCGUCGGGCGGCGAGCCGCGCGCUCUCGCCUCCGCAGGGAGUCACAGGUUCGUACACGCGAGGCCCGGCGCGCGCAGCCGGCACGCGGGUGAAAAGUCUUCCGAGGUGCUGCAGGCGGUGCUGAGGCACAGGCUCUGCUGCAGGAGCAGCGGCCCGAACCCGCUCCAGCGCCCGCCGCCGCAAGCGGCUCCCGCGUCGCGUGUGUACCUCCGCGCACUGAGGAAGUCCACCAGCCCUCAUUAGCCCCCGCGGAGCGUGCGAUGGCCCAGCGUAAGAAUGCCAAGAGCAGCGGCAACAGCAGCAGCAGCGGCUCCGGCAGCGGUAGCACGAGUGCGGGCAGCAGCGGGGGCAGCAGCAGCCCCGGGGCCCGGAGAGAGACAAAGCAUGGAGGACACAAGAAUGGGAGGAAAGGAGGACUCUCGGGAACUUCAUUCUUCACGUGGUUUAUGGUGAUUGCAUUGCUGGGCGUCUGGACGUCUGUAGCUGUCGUUUGGUUUGAUCUUGUUGACUAUGAGGAAGUUCUAGCCAAAGCAAAGGACUUCCGUUAUAACUUAUCAGAGGUGCUUCAAGGAAAACUAGGAAUCUAUGAUGCUGAUGGUGAUGGAGAUUUUGAUGUGGAUGAUGCCAAAGUUUUAUUAGGACUUAAAGAGAGAUCUACUUCAGAGCCAGCAGUCCCGCCAGAAGAGGCUGAGCCACACGCUGAGCCCGAGGAGCUGGUUCCUGUGGAGGCAGACCCCCAGAAUAUCGAAGAUGAAGCAAAAGAACAAAUUCAGUCCCUUCUCCAUGAAAUGGUACACGCAGAACAUGGAGAAGACUUGCAACAAGAAGAUGGACCCACAGGAGAACCACAACAAGAGGAUGAUGAGUUUCUUAUGGCGACUGAUGUAGAUGAUAGAUUUGAGACCCUGGAACCUGAAGUAUCUCAUGAAGAAACCGAGGAUAGUUACCAUGUGGAAGAGACAGUUUCACCAGACUAUAAUCAGGAUAUGGAAGAGAUGACGUCUGAGCAGGAAAAUCCAGAUUCCAGUGAACCAGUAGUAGAAGAUGAAAGAUUGCACCAUGAUACAGAUGACGUAACAUACCAAGUCUAUGAGGAGCAAGCAGUAUAUGAACCUCCAGAAAAUGAAGGGAUAGAAAUCACAGAAGUAACUGCUCCCCCUGAGGAUAAUCCUGUAGAAGAUUCACAGGUAAUUGUAGAAGAAGUAAGCAUUUUUCCUGUGGAAGAACAACAGGAAGUACCACCAGAAACAAAUAGAAAAGCAGACGAUCCAGAACAAAAAGCAAAAGUUAAGAAAAAGAAGCCUAAACUUUUAAAUAAAUUUGAUAAGACUAUUAAGGCUGAACUUGAUGCUGCAGAAAAACUCCGUAAAAGGGGAAAAAUUGAGGAAGCAGUGAAUGCAUUUAAAGAACUAGUACGCAAAUACCCUCAGAGUCCACGAGCAAGAUAUGGGAAGGCACAGUGUGAGGAUGAUUUGGCUGAGAAGAGGAGAAGCAAUGAGGUGCUACGUGGAGCCAUCAAGACCUACCAAGAGGUGGCCAGCCUACCUGACGUCCCUGCAGACCUGCUGAAGCUGAGUUUGAAGCGUCGCUCAGACAGGCAACAAUUUCUAGGUCAUAUGAGAGGUUCCCUGCUUACCCUGCAGAGAUUAGUUCAACUAUUUCCCAAUGAUACUUCCUUAAAAAAUGACCUUGGCGUGGGAUACCUCUUGAUAGGAGAUAAUGACAAUGCAAAGAAAGUUUACGAAGAGGUGCUGAGUGUGACACCUAAUGAUGGCUUUGCUAAAGUCCAUUAUGGCUUCAUCCUGAAGGCACAGAACAAAAUUGCUGAGAGCAUCCCAUAUUUAAAGGAAGGAAUAGAAUCCGGAGAUCCUGGCACUGAUGAUGGGAGAUUUUAUUUCCACCUGGGGGAUGCCAUGCAGAGGGUUGGGAACAAAGAGGCAUAUAAGUGGUAUGAGCUUGGGCACAAGAGAGGACACUUUGCAUCUGUCUGGCAACGCUCACUCUACAAUGUGAAUGGACUGAAAGCACAGCCUUGGUGGACCCCAAAAGAAACGGGCUACACGGAGUUAGUAAAGUCCUUAGAAAGAAACUGGAAGUUAAUCCGAGAUGAAGGCCUUGCAGUGAUGGAUAAAGCCAAAGGUCUCUUCCUGCCUGAGGAUGAAAACCUGAGGGAAAAAGGGGACUGGAGCCAGUUCACGCUGUGGCAGCAAGGAAGAAGAAAUGAAAAUGCCUGCAAGGGAGCUCCUAAAACCUGUACCUUACUAGAAAAGUUCCCCGAGACAACAGGAUGCAGAAGAGGACAGAUCAAAUAUUCCAUCAUGCAUCCAGGGACUCACGUGUGGCCGCACACAGGGCCUACAAACUGCAGGCUCCGAAUGCACCUGGGCUUGGUGAUUCCCAAGGAAGGCUGCAAGAUUCGAUGUGCCAACGAGACCAAAAAUGGAGACUUCCGUCCUUACAUUCCAGGGAGUGAGAUCAAGCACUCUCAUAACACUGGAGGUGGUGCUUACAGCCUGGAGACCUGGGAGGAAGGCAAGGUGCUCAUCUUUGAUGACUCCUUUGAGCACGAGGUAUGGCAGGAUGCCUCAUCUUUCCGGCUGAUAUUCAUCGUGGAUGUGUGGCAUCCGGAACUGACACCACAGCAGAGACGCAGCCUUCCAGCAAUUUAGCAUGAAUUCCUGCAAGCUUGGGAAACUCUGGAGAGAGGCUGCCUUUCUGGUUCCAUCUCCUUGGGUGUGAAGAUAGAAUUUCGAACACCAAGACUCAAUUCCCUUGACUUGCAGCCUGAGUAAUUCUAAGCCUCCUCCUAGGGUUGGAAGACACUAAAGGGAAUAUUUGCCUCGCUGCAAUUCAUUUAGGAAACACCCUGCUGUGUGUCAUCUCAUGACAGCACUGGUCUUCUGCCAGUAUUUAAGGUGAACAUUUGAUAGCUUCUACCUUACCAGCCAAAGAUAUUUUUUCCACAUAGAAUAGGUCUAAUUCAAUGUAUAAUGAGAACAUAUGUAGAAACUGUGAAUGGAUUGCUUUAGUUUGUAAUUUUUCUAUGCAGUUAUAUUUUUCUAGUGUAGCUAGACUAUUUUGUCAUCAUGCACCACUACAUUUUUGUUGAUUUUAAUGACAAGCUGUAUAAAUGCUUUACUUCUAGCUAUUUAAUGGUAGCAUUACUGGGGAACUCAGACUUCCCUCUUAAUUCUUCUUAGUAAAAGACACUCAUGAAAAAAGCAGUUUUAUUUUCCUAACACAAAAAAAGAAAGAGGUCAUUAUGUCAGUGUCUAUGAACUGUACCCAUCCCAACUCUCGAGUCAUUUGGUUUCUUUAUCUUGAUUGAGAUCCUCUUCUCACUAUGCUAGUUGUGGAGAUAUUGACAAAAUCCUAUUUCUUUCAAAGAGGAACUUUUCACACUGAAAAAAGAGCAUGGAAUUAUUUUAUAUUGUUAUAAAAAUCCCAGAUGCAAAUUCUUUAAUGCCAAUUAUUAGAGUUUCUGGGGAAAAAGUAUCGUUCAUGGAAAUAAAAAUAUGUUCUUUCAGGGUUAGGUGGGUAGGUGGCUGCUAGGGUGUCUGGCUCCUGGCUGCUUUGCCAUCCAUGAGGCAAGGGCUGGGAACACAGUGUCUUUGCCUAUGGUAGAUCCAUGUGAAUGUCAGGAAGCCAGCUUUGCAGUCUUGGAGAUGAUUUCUGCUACAAUUCUGUAGAAAUAUUAAGGAUGGCAGAGUAAAAGGUUACGAAGAAUGCCAGGAUCUUUUUCUUGGGUGUAGGAGGUCCAGAUUGCUUUCCUUUUUGAUGAAAGAGUUUGGAAGACUGUCCCAUCUCUCUGGCUUGAGAAAUCUCUGCCAUUUUAAACAUCACUGUGAAAUAGCAAUUAUUAUCACCUACAUUUAGUUUUAACAUUACCCACAACAUAGAAAUAACAGGUAAAAAUCGUCCCAAAGAUGAUCAAGUCAUUAAUCUAGUAAAGUAUUCAUGCAUCAGAUUUUCUAUGUUUUGAAUCAAAGCUAACUGAAAUAUUAGAUAUAAGAAUGUAAUGAUAUUCAUGCACUGAAUUCUAAGCCAAUAUGAACAAAAAUGCUGCAUGAAUGGCACAUAGGUCACCAAAGUUCAUUCACAGGUAGAAAAAACUUGUGCUUUCUUUUCCAUCUAAAAACAAAAGGAGACUUUCUUUAUCUCAUUUAACGAACAGCUCUUUGAAAUUGAAAUUGACCCUUUUUGCUUGACCUUAAGGACAUUAGCUUCCAGUAGAUGAGUUUGCAAAAUACUUUUCCUAUUCUUUUGUUUUGCUGGUAUUGAAAACAUCCCACUAAAUCAGAUGAAGAGGCAUGGGAGGAAAAAUAUCCAAAUUAAUUACUAAAAUCGAGAAGAGAAGGCAAACUCUUCAAAAGUAAAAAGGUAUUUGUGUCCUUCAGUAUUUAUUGAACAGAGGAAAUAACUGACAAGGGCAAUACAAUUCAAUGCUCAUGUAGUAACAUUUGUGUCACUUGUUGAAUUUGGUUCUCACAUGUAUAUUGCAUACACAUAAAUUCGAACUAUAAGUCGUCAUUGUUGAGCCAUCAUCUUACAUUCAGGUAAUGAAAUUAUGGAAGAGAGUAAAAACUAGCUCUUAACUUAGUGAAUAUAAUAUGGUAUUUAAAAUCAGGUCACUACAGUAGGGUUGCCAUAUACAGUAGUAUUGCCAAUUGAAAAGCUAGAAAUGGUAUUACUGUUGCAAAGUGUUAUCAAUAAUUGACUCCAAUAGCAUUGUAAAUACUUGUAUCCCACAACUAUUUUAAGCCCCAGCAAUAAAAUGGAUUUUCUAAUUCA